UAUUAGGACUAAGAUUUUCAACAGUUCAAGAACAUCCAACAGCUUCAAGACGAAAACACAGAAACCUGUAUCAACUACAAUGGCUCUCCUCCUUCUACUGUUUGUUGCUCUGGCAACAGCUUCUCCAGUUAAGAGGCAGACAGUCAGCCCAAUGGACACAGACGGGGACGGACUGCUCUCCUAUGCUGAGGUGUCCGCCGCCAUGACUCUGCAUGAGGCACUUUUCGCCCUGGACGUAGAUGGUGACGGCCUCCUGUACGCGGAUCAGUUCAUCGAGAUUUGGGGGAACAACACCAAGUUUGACGAGCUCGACACCCACAUGGACGGCUUCCUCAGCUUCAACGAAGCCGAGAACGGAAUGACUCUGCAGAGACGGAGCUCUGGACGCUACUGAGGCGUACCACGUGAACAAUCUCUACACUAUCAUCAGCGGCAACAACGUCGACAGCACGAUCCUGGACGCAAACGGAGAUGGAGUGCUGUCCAAGGCCGAAGUGCUGAACAUGGAGUACAACGAGGUGGUGCAUAUCCUGGACACGAACGGCGACCAUAUCCUCAGCUCUGCUGAGCUCAUGGUGCUUCUCGGCGACAAGACCGCCGACUGGAUUGUUGGUCAGGACCACAACGGCGACGGGCAGGUUACCGUGGGGGAGUCCCACUACAACCACAUGAACAUGGGUGUGAUCUUCGACAUGCUCGAUGCGGACGGUAGCACGUACCUAGAGGGUGACGAGACUCUGGGAGUGUACACCGUGUGGGACCAGAUCCUCCUACUGAACGCCGGAAACACCGACCCCAUCACUGGCUAAGCCAAACAGUGUGGGGACUCCACUGCAGAUGCCAUCAGUGCCAUGCCGUCAAAGGAAACAUGACUGCGGAAAUAACAUACAAUCUGCACUAACCGAUCGCGAAUAAAGAUCUUCAAUAAUGCAA